CCUCGGUUGUGUGUGGGGGCGGAACACUACAGGCGCGCACAGCACGGCGCGCGUAGCCUGCGCGUUGGAAAAUAACCCCAUUCUGCAUACUGACUGUUAUUUAGAAGGACUCCUAUUUUGCCCUGGGUCGGAAUUACGUGAAGUGAGGGCAGAAGUGAGCUCCGUAGCGCAAGUACCGCCAUGGCUGCGCUGUCCGGAGGAGAAAUGUGCGUCAAAUACCUGAUGUUUGCCUUCAAUCUGAUAUUCUGGCUUGCAGGCACUGCUGUCUUUGCUAUAGGCCUGUGGCUAAGGUUAGACCCAAAGACCAAAGGCUUGUUUGAAGGAGCAGAUUCUCCAUACGUGUUUUACACAGGCGUGUACAUCCUGAUUGGAGCUGGAGCACUGAUGAUGGUGGUGGGUUUUCUGGGAUGUUGCGGAGCCAUCCAGGAGUCCCCCUGUAUGCUGGGACUGUUCUUCUUCUUCCUGCUUGUCAUAUUUGCCAUUGAGGUUGCUGCUGGAAUCUGGGUAUUUUCCAACCAAAGCAAGGUGGUGAAUGAUAUCACAACGUUCUACAUGCAGACUUACAAUAACUUCAAGACGACAGGAGAUGAGCGACUCAAAGAAACUCUGCGUGUGAUUCAAACCGGGCUGAAAUGUUGUGGGCCAACUGGUUCUGUCGUCGAUUCUGCCAAAGACACCUGUCCCCGCGGAGAGCCACUGGAGGUGCUCAUUACCAAGAGCUGCCCCGACGCCAUUGAUGAGGUGUUUGACUCCAAACUACACAUCAUUGGAGGAGCGGGCAUCACCAUCGGCGUUGUUAUGAUGUUUGGGAUGAUCUUUAGCAUGCUCCUGUGCUGCGCCAUCAGGAAGUCGCGAGAGGUGGUGUGACACCUGCCAUCACAUCCCAGAAUCUUUAUUGAUGUUGCAUGCACUGCCAAUAGAAACACAACUUGUUCAAAGAAGACUAGGCUGGGUGCAGAUUUCUCUCAGAUUAUUACGUAAUCCAUCAGUUGUAACUGUUUUGCUGACACUUAAACCCACCUUGUGAUGUGGUUACUGGGCCCAACUAUAGAAUGGGUCGCAUCUAUUCUUCUUGGCAAUGUAGUGCAGCAAUGUGUCAUUUUGUGGUCAUUUGAUUGAAAUUAGUGCUUGUGAACUGCUAAUUAUCUAAACAAAAGAUCAUAUUAUUGUAUACCGAUGACACUUCUUUUGCUAUCACUUGGGGUCACCUACCGGACAGACGAGUCAUGGAUCAGGGCCACAGAAAAAGGCAACCACUACCACCUCAGCACAAUACAGCAGCAGCCAAGGAAAUUAUUUUUCUUAUAACAUUAGAGUUAGACUAUAGUAACUGGUAGUCAAUUUCACUGCCAAGCUGUCAACUGCGCAGAUAGAGUAGCACGUUAGUUCCUUCAGUGUUAUUUUAUUUGUUCCCUUUUUUACUAACCAGUUACUAAAAAAACGCCUUUAAUUCAUGUCGUGAUUUGUAAAUGUUUUCAUUUUUAUUUGUAAAAAAUGAAUUCAUCUGUGUGGUCAUAUAGUACAUGUACCUUGAUAUGUGGUUUGCAUUUUCUAAUGUCCUUUUCAUUUGACAGAGAUCGGGUUGAUUUAUACCAUAUGCACUAUGUUUCACCGAGACAAAUAUUAAUGAGAACCAAAUAAACCAAGAUGUACUGAC